UUUUCAAUGAAAAAAAAAAUGACAUCUGGCUUUUUAAGUAAGAGAAUAUACGAAUAAGGAAGGUAUCAGGUCUCGUGAGAACUUCGGCGCCGGAUCCGCGCCCGGAACGCCACCAAGGUCCGCCGGUCCAACCGCCGCCCGCUCGCGGAUGCCCCCGGGGGCCAGACGCCGGCCAGGCUUCCCCUAGCGCUCCCACUACCCAGAAGUCCUCGCGUCUCGGCGCGCACGCGCAGCGGCGACGACCGUCUCAGGAAGAGGAAAAUGGAAUAAACAACUCGGAGGAACCAGAGCGCGAGAGAACGAGUGGAGGCAGAAUUUAAAAAUAAACUGGCCCCUCCGCCCUCCCCACCCGCUCGUCGCCGCCGCUCCCUCUUCCCCUGCCCGCGCCCUCGAAGUCCCCGUCUGGGCCCGCGCGCCCACCCCGUCGUCCCGCGCGGCCCCUUUAAGAAAAGAGAACGAGAGAGUGAGUGAGAGAGAAUCCCAACUCUCCCCCUACCCUCCCUCCUUCUACCCCCUCCUCCCUCCCCUCUCCCCUCCCCCCUCUCCCCGGGCGGCUCCGGCUCCCGCAGCGGGACAGACCCACCCGCCCAGGCUUUUAUCCGGCACCGGCAGCGUCUUCCUUCCCUCCCCCGUCUAUGGUGGCGGCGGCGGCGGCGGCGGCUCCUCGGGCGGAGGCUGAAGACGAGGCUGUGGCGUUGCCAUGAACAGUGGCGGCGGCCUCCCGCCCCCCUCGGCCGCCGCCUCCCCUUCCUCCUCCUCGCUGGCGGCGGCAGUGGCGGUGGUGGCUCCGCCGGGGGUCGGGGGUGUCCCGGGAGGGGCGGCGGCAGGAGUGAAGCUGAAGUACUGCCGCUACUACGCCAAGGAUAAGACUUGCUUCUACGGGGAGGAGUGUCAGUUCCUGCAUGAGGACCCGGCCGCCGGGGCUGUCCCGGGCCUCGGCCUCCAUAGCAACAGCGUCCCCCUGGCUCUGGCGGGUGCACCCGUGGCCAGCUUUCCGCCCGGAGCCGUCCCGGGCGGGGGAGCUGGGCCGCCCCCCGGGCCCAAGAAGCCGGACCUGGGGGACCCGGGGGCAGGAGCCGCAGCAGGCGGAGGAGGCAGCAGCGGGGGACUCGAUGGACCGCGGCUGGCAAUUCCAGGAAUGGAUGGAGGUGCUUUAACUGAUACGAGUCUCACAGAUUCCUAUUUUAGCACAAGCUUUAUUGGAGUCAAUGGAUUUGGAAGCCCUGUAGAAACGAAGUAUCCCCUGAUGCAGAGAAUGACUAAUAGUAGCAGCUCCCCAAGCCUUCUAAAUGACAGUGCCAAGCCAUAUGCAGGCCAUGAUCCUCUAACUUCACCUGCUUCAUCCUUGUUUAAUGACUUUGGUGCCCUCAACAUCUCUCAGAGACGAAAGCCAAGGAAGUAUCGCCUGGGGAUGCUGGAGGAGAGGCUAGUUCCGAUGGGAUCAAAGGCACGAAAAGCAAAGAACCCUAUUGGCUGCCUUGCUGACAGGUGUAAAUCAGGAGUACCCAUCAAUAUGGUUUGGUGGAACAGAGUCACAGAAAACAAUUUACAGACACCAAAUCCUACUGCAAGCGAGUUUAUUCCUAAAGGAGGAUCAACCUCCAGGCUGAGUAACGUGUCCCAGUCAAAUAUGUCUGCCUUCUCUCAAGUUUUCUCUCACCCAUCCAUGGGAAGCUCUGCCACUGCUGGAUUAGCGCCAGGAAUGUCGUUGUCUGCUGGGUCUUCCCCUCUUCAUUCCCCCAAGAUUACUCCACAUACUUCUCCUGCUCCCAGAAGAAGAAGUCACACUCCAAAUCCAGCAAGUUACAUGGUGCCUUCUAGUGCCUCUACAUCUGUCAAUAAUCCUGUUUCUCAGACUCCAUCUUCUGGUCAGGUGAUCCAAAAGGAAACUGUUGGUGGGACGACUUACUUCUAUACAGACACAACUCCAGCACCUUUAACUGGAAUGGUGUUUCCAAACUAUCAUAUUUAUCCUCCAACUGCACCUCACGUUGCUUAUAUGCAACCGAAAGCAAAUGCACCUUCCUUCUUCAUGGCUGAUGAACUCCGACAGGAGCUGAUCAACAGACAUUUAAUAACAAUGGCUCAGAUUGAUCAAGCAGAUAUGCCAGCAGUUCCUACAGAGGUUGACAGCUACCAUAGCCUAUUUCCUCUAGAACCACUGCCACCUCCCAACCGGAUACAGAAAUCAAGUAAUUUUGGGUAUAUUACAUCUUGCUACAAAGCUGUAAAUAGCAAAGAUGAUCUGCCAUAUUGCCUUCGGAGGAUACAUGGUUUCCGUCUUGUUAACACAAAGUGCAUGGUGUUGGUUGAUAUGUGGAAGAAAAUACAGCAUUCAAAUAUCGUAACUUUGCGUGAAGUAUUUACCACUAAAGCAUUUGCCGAGCCCUCUCUUGUGUUUGCAUAUGAUUUCCAUGCUGGUGGAGAAACUAUGAUGAGCAGACACUUUAAUGACCCUAAUGCUGAUGCCUAUUUCACCAAGAGAAAGUGGGGUCAGCAUGAUGGACCACUGCCCAGGCAGCAUGCUGGAUUAUUGCCAGAAUCUCUUAUUUGGGCAUAUAUUGUCCAACUAAGCUCUGCGUUGCGUACCAUUCACACAGCAGGUUUGGCAUGUCGAGUUAUGGAUCCAACAAAGAUUCUGAUUACUGGCAAAACAAGGUUGCGAGUAAAUUGUGUUGGAGUUUUUGAUGUUUUAACAUUUGAUAACAGUCAAAAUAAUAAUCCAUUGGCAUUAAUGGCCCAGUACCAGCAAGCAGAUCUGAUAUCAUUAGGAAAAGUUGUGUUGGCUUUGGCUUGCAACUCUUUGGCAGGAAUUCAGCGAGAGAAUUUACAGAAAGCCAUGGAACUGGUGACAAUCAACUAUUCCUCUGACCUGAAGAAUCUGAUUUUUCAUGUGACAGAAAUCUUGGUUUCGCAUGAGGUUCAAAAUGGAAGACUGUUUAGGCUCCUAGCAAAAUUGGGAACAAUCAAUGAGAGGCCGGAAUUUCAGAAGGAUCCCACUUGGUCAGAGACUGGAGACCGUUAUCUGUUGAAACUCUUUAGGGAUCAUCUUUUUCAUCAGGUGACAGAAGCGGGUGCUCCCUGGAUUGACCUCAGUCAUAUCAUUUCUUGUCUUAACAAGCUAGAUGCUGGUGUGCCAGAAAAAAUAAGCCUGAUUUCUAGAGAUGAGAAGAGUGUACUCGUGGUGACCUACAGUGACUUAAAGCGCUGCUUUGAAAAUACUUUUCAAGAACUGAUUGCAGCUGCAAAUGGUCAGUUGUAGUAUUUGCUAAAAAAGCGCGCAGGACAUGGCUAAGGAAGUUAACCAAUAGCAAAUUGCACUACAGCUGAACUUUUCAUCAUCUCAUUCACAUUUGGGAAACGAACAGGAGAUGAGCAAAGCUGCUUGCACUUCAGUCAGGUACACUGUUACUUGAAAGGAAGAAUGUUUCACUUAUCCAAGAGCUAUGGCUGCCAUUGGAGGCUAUAUCUGUGAAGAAUUUAUUUUAGAUUUAGGAGCACCAUCAAGUGAAUGAUGUUCCUGCUUUUGUUUUUUCCACUUGUAUAUGCACUAAUUUUAAUUUUUUAAAGACUUUUUCUGAUCUUUGAACUUUUGCCACAUUGUAUACUUAUUAAGGGAAACUAUUUGCAAGGACAUUUUUGGGAAGCAAUGCUGGGCAGCAUUUUUGCCAUUGAGGGUUGCAGAAUUUGCUCUUUUUGGGAUGGGUUGCCCUGAAUAACAUUAUGGACCAGGUAAAUAAUUUCAUAGAAGUUCAGUAUAGUACGUAAUUCUUGUAAGAGUAUUAUUAUAUGCAAGCUCUCUGUAUGCCACCCACUGUUAGUUCAGAUUGAGAUUUUUGUUUUGUUUUGUUCUUAAGAACACACCAAGAAAAUACCAGUGAAUUUGUUGGAUAUGAAUUUCCCCUGUUAGUUGAUUUAAAUCCCUUCUGAAUAAAGAUCAGAUGAACAGUAACUGAAGGAGCAUGUAUAGCUCUUUCCUUCAAAUUCAACCAGAGCCUUUUAAAAAAGACAUUUGCCUGCUAGUCAGAUACAUUUACAUUUAUGCAAUUUUUUUAAAUAGAAAAAAAUCUAAGAAAUUGUGUUAAAGGCCUAAAGUUCAGGAGUACAUUACUUUAGGUUCUUCCCAGUUUGCUUUUUUUGUUUUUUGUUGUUGUCGUUGUUUUGUUUUGUUUUUUGUAUGAAGUUCUGUUCUUUGAACCACAGCUUUAUUAUGGUCCUUUACACUGGAGACAGACAGAGACACUGUUGAGAAGAUGAACUAAACUCAGCAGUGGUCUGGUAUCAAGAGCUUUCUGAUGUUUUACAGCCUGAAUCUGGAGGGAUAACGAUCUGCUGUGCCUUUGCAGUCACUGCUUAGCCCAAAGUAAUAGUACUUUUGAUAAUAACUGUGUGCGAUAUUCCUGAAUAAGUCCAUCUCAAAAGUUUGGAAUUUUCCUCCUCUUAACUUUCUUAAUAUUUGGACAUGCAGUUGCCGCCAAACUUGGGUAUUCAUGGAAUUUCUAGUAAAUGAAAUACCUAUACUUUGAUACUGAAGACUGCCAAAUACAUAGGAAUUUUCUUUCUUAAAAAACAGUAAUGAAGACUAUAUCUCCUUUCCCAGCACUGAAUGUUUUACUAGCACUGGGUGCUCACCAUGCAACUAUGAAGAAAAUGUGGAAACUCAAAAGGUCAGGACAGACUCCCAAGCACUUGCAACUGAUGUUACUGUCUUCAAUUUUAAUAAUUAAACAUAUUUGUAUAUUUCAGAGAAGUUUUUAAUAUUUCUCUGUCCACUUUUUAUAAGCUUUAAAAUGAUUUUCUCUGCCUUGAGAUUUGCAUCAAGAAAAAGCACCUCUCUUCACCUGAAAGCUUUGAAGACUAGAGACACGCUUGACACGUUUUAACAAGUGUAUUGAGUCCGCGUUUGGUAGCAUCAGUUGUUGAGUUAAAAAGAAAAUUAUUGCAUUUGAUCUGGAUGGAUUUUAAAAGAACAUAAUGUUCAAUAUUAAAAGGAUAAUUAACAUUUGCCACCAUAAUGUUCUUUUUUAUGUAAAAGGAACAAGAACUUGGAGACAUUAACAUGCAAAAGUCUUUUAUCAUUAGCUCAUGUAUUUGAGGAAGAGCAGCUGUCUUUUUAUAUGUUUUUUGACAAAUCAUAUUGUAAUUCUUUUGUACAAAAAAGAACUACUUGUAUUCUAGAAGAAAUAUGAAAUGCUUAAUUUAUAAGCGGGCUGGAGAUUUUUUCCAAUAUUGUUUUCUUUGAAAAUGAAAGGGGAUCAUCUAUUUUAGUUUUGGGGUCUGGGAACUUUUUGAAAAUUUAAUUUGUGGACCAAUGUUUUGUGAAAGCUAAAGAGGGCAGGGGUUAAAAUAGGGUUUGAAUUUCUCAUUCUGUAUAGACCAGCAAACUUCCCUCUGCAAGGCAAGUUUACAUCACAAAUCCAAGAAUGUUUGCAUCCUAAAUGCUAGUUUGCUUCAGCCCCUAGUUAACCUCAGGACUUGGUUUGCAUAUGAAAGAUAGACAGCUGAUAUGUUUUCAUGAGUAAAUAUUGUCAGCCAGAAAAAGUUGGUGUCAGGUAAUGCAUAUUUUUUUAAGCUUUGUUUUAUAUUUAUUUUUCAUUUAGUUUUUAUUGGGAAUGGUUUUCAAAGAACUUUCAGUUCUGCCUAGGUGUUUUUGGGGGAACCCUGUUAUCCAUAGUGUAAUUCCAUUUAAGAGGUUGUCUAAAAGUCUUUUUAAUUCAUAGGAAGAAUUUAAUAUCUGGGAGUAGUCAAAUUAAGGAUACAAACUUUCCAUACCUUCCUGUUGUGACAGAUAAAAGCACAGAAAGGACAACCCUUGAAAUCAUGUAACGUUGGUCAUUUCAAUUUUUUGUACCUGUUUUAAAUUCUGUUAGUGUAUUUACUUCAUUGUAAAUAUUUUUGAGGGUACCUUUGUAUUUUGCUUUUGACCUUGGUUCUGUGAUUUGGAUGUCAACAACUUCCCUAAAAAGCACCGGUAUGUUAAGUUCUAAUGUUAUGACCCAAUUUGUGUUAUUCAUCUUUAAUCCUGUUUUCCGUCUCUAUGUGUACAGCAGUAUUUUUAAUAAAGAAUUACAGAGAUAACUUU